AUGGAUUCCGAUCAGAAGUUCGCCCUGCACGAGGCUGCCCGAGAAGGAAGAAACGAGGUUGUUGAAUCGUUGCUCAACGCAAACCCAAAAUCUGCAUUCGUGAAAGACGAUGAUGAGCGUCUUCCAAUCCACUGGGCUGCGGCCUACAAUCGAGUAUCGGUCGUGGAAUUGCUAGUCGCUAUGAAGGAUUUCGACCCAGAUGUAGAAGAUGGAUCUGGUUGGACGCCUCUUAUGAUUGCAGCGAGCCUAAAAGACGCUGCAGGCGACGCAACGAUCGACCUAUUACUGCGCAAAGGAGCUGAUGUCUCUAUCAAAAGCAACACUGGACAGCAGAAUGCGCUACACUUCGCGAGUUCCAAGGCUAAUAUUUCCACCGUCCGCACCUUGCUUGCCAACAAAUGUAGCGCGAGAGUCAAGGAUAAACGUGGCCAACUUCCCCUACACAGAGCAGCUGCAGUGGGAUCUGUGCCCAUCUUGAAAACUCUCUUGGAAGAUGGUAAGAGUCCUGUCAAUGCAACGGAUGGGGACGGUUUCACGGCACUUCACCACGCUAUCUCUGAGGGACAUGGACCCGCCGCUAUAUUAUUGUUAAAAUCUGGAGCGGAAGCGGAAAAGAGAGAUAGUGACGGUAAACUAGCGAUUGAGCUAGUUCCAGAUGACAAGGUCAAGCAAUACAUCUUACGGACGGCAGAGAAAGAAGGAAUAGAACUCCCUUGA